CUGGAGGAGACGUAGCGCUCGCCGUCCCGCCCACCGUGAGAAACGUCCCACUGAGUUUCCUGAUGUUGAUUUGAGAAGCGGUGCCGAAACUCUGAAACUCUGUCUGUCCAGCUGCUCCGGUCAUAGUAAACAAUGAGCUAUCCUGGCUAUCCUCCGCAGCCUGGUGGUUACCCUCCCCAGCCUGGGGGUUAUCCACCACAGGCAGGAGGAUACCCUCCCCAGCCAGGAACUUACCCUCCUUCAUCAGGGGGUUAUCCUCCUCAGGCCGGUGGAUACCCUCCUCAGGGAGGCGGGUAUCCUCCACAACCUGGUGCUUACCCUUCACAGCCCGGGGCCUAUCCUCCACAGCCUGGAGCCUACCCAGGCCAACCUGCUGCCUACCCUCCUCUUCCUACAGGUGGUUGGGGAGCUCCUGUUGCACCUGGAAUGCCUGGAAUUGGUCUUGAUAAUUUUUCCAAUCCUGGAUUCAAUCCAGGCAACAUGCCUGGGAUGCCAGGACCAGGGAUGCCUCAAGUACCAGGGGCAGGCUAUCCAGGAGGCCCAGCUCCAGGCCAGCCAAUGCCAGGCUUCCCACAAGCCCCUGCACCCAAUCCAUCCAUGCCAGGCUACCCACAAGCCCCUGCACCCAGUCCAUCCAUGCCCGCCUACCCACAAACACCCUCUCCCAAUCCAUCUAUGCCCGCAUACGGGGGAGGGUAUGGAGGAGGUGCUCCUGUGGUUCCUUCUGUAAAUCGUGGAUUCAGAGGAACCAUUCCAGAUUUUCCCGGAGCUGAUCCAUUGAAAGAUGCAGAAGUUCUUAGGAAGGCCAUGAAAGGCUUUGGCACUGAUGAACAGGCCAUAAUUAAUCUACUUGGAAGUCGCUCCAACAAGCAACGUGUGCCACUCCUGAUUUCAUAUAAGACUGCAUAUGGAAAGGACUUGAUUAAGGAUUUAAAGUCCGAGCUCUCUGGAAACUUUGAGAAGCUGGUGCUGGCCAUGUUGAAGACUCCUGCUCAGUUUGAUGCAUCUGAGCUUAGAGAAGCCAUUAAGGGAGCAGGGACUGAUGAAGCCUGCCUGAUCGAGAUCCUGUCCUCUCGCUCCAACGCAGAGAUCAGAGAAAUCAAUCAAGUCUACAAAGCUGAGUACAAGAAGACACUGGAGGAGGCCAUCACUGGAGACACCUCAGGGCACUUCCGCAGACUGCUGGUCUCUCUUGCUCAGGGAAAUCGUGAUGAGAGAGAGACUGUGGAUAUAUCAUUAGCUAAACAAGAUGCUCAGGCUCUCUAUCAGGCUGGAGAAAAUAAACUGGGCACAGAUGAGUCCAAGUUUAACGCCAUCCUGUGUGCUCGAAGCAAAGCUCACCUUAGAGCAGUGUUCAAUGAAUACCAGCACAUGUGUGGCAGAGACAUUGAGAAGAGCAUUGAGAGGGAGAUGUCUGGGGAUCUAGAGAGUGGCAUGCUAGCAGUCGUGAAGUGCAUUAAGGACACGUCAACCUACUUUGCUGAAAGACUCUACAAAGCCAUGAAGGGACUGGGAACUAAAGACCGCACUCUGAUCCGUAUUAUGGUGUCUCGCUCUGAGGUGGACAUGCUAGACCUCCGCCAGGCAUACAUAAAGAAGUAUGGGAAGUCUCUCUACACAGACAUUUCUGGAGACACUUCAGGGGAUUACAAGAAAUUGCUGUUGAAGCUUUGUGGUGGAAGUGAUUAAGAUGGUGCAGCUUUCCUCACGGUGAAGAGGAUAAAGUGCCAUAUUGUGUUUAUACAAAUCAUUUCUAUUCUCUCUGCAGUCUGCUUCACUUGCAUGCUGUUGCCAUAAUCUGUAUAACUGCACAUUUUUGCCAAAGCCAUGUAUGAAUUUUUAUGCUGUCUUUUAUACAAAUCUUUAUUUUAAAGGGAAUAGCCAAUAUAUAUAUAUUUUUUUUCUCUAACUGGGCCCUGUUUGCUGAAUAUGUAAUGCCUUAAGAAGCAGCUAAACGAUUAAAGAUUUUAAAAAGCACUGGGAUCGAAAACUGGGCAUAUAUUUUUCUGAAACUUCAUUUACUUAUGCAAUUAUAUGAUGCCUUACGUUUUUUAAACGUUGAAUUAGCAGCAGAAUACCAAAUUAAGAAUAGAUAUCACCAAUAUUUUGUUAAUUCACGAAUUCCCCAUCAGAAACAGCUGAAAUAGCACCAACCUUGCGAUCACUGAAAAAGACCACCUGAAAACAGUUAGUGGAGUAUUACAGCAACAACAAAGAAACCACCCUUGUAGCUGCCUGUUGCUAAUAAAAAGCAAGUUAUAAUGCAUUUCUUGCUCAAACGGCCCAUAUCAUAGAAAAAAUUAUUUUAUGUUAUGAGUUUGAAAUAAUAUGUAAACACUGUUAAAUUGUUUUUACUACUAUGCAGCAAAAACAGUGCAUUUUAAAUUCAUUGUUUCUGCGUUGUCAAAAGAACUCACUCAACUCCUUUACAUAGAUCUACCUGUUUAUGCUUAAAGCAGUUUAGCUCCGCCCAUUCAGCCUAUGGCAGUUUAGCUCUGCCCAUUCAUAUUGAAGUAUGAAGAAGGGUUUCAUCUCUGAGUGCUUUUUGAAUGAGGCACAAUACAGGGCCAAUCAGAAUUGAGCUCAUUUACAUAUGUCAGUCUUAGAGGCACAGUAACAAGAACAGCCUGUUUAAUUCUAAGGGAUAAAUAGGAGGUUGAAAAUGGUCAUGUAAGAACAAAUUAUGACCAUUUUUGUUACAGAAAACCACACAGGUGUCAAAUGUGGACUUCAGAGGAAAAAAUAAAACAAGAAAAAUGUGGGAUUUGGGCCUUUUGAUGUUUUUGCUUCACUUUGUUUACAUAUUUUCAACGUUAUGGCAAGCACCUGCUAAAAUAUAAUAGUAAAAAUCAAUCAGGUAACCUAAGAGACUUUGCUUAUUUGUUUGUACUCUGUACAUUUCAAAACAAAAUAUGUAUUACCUGAAAAAAAAUAAAGCAUGUUUGGAAA